UCGAUAACGAUAUGCGCCAUUUCUUCACUGCACUGUAAACAAUAAAAUAAUCCAAUUAAAAAAAUUAAAUCACGCCUAUACGUGGUGCUGGGUAACUAUUGCGACGACUACUCUACUACAAGCGCACCGUCCACACAGCCGGAGUACAGUACAACAUGCCCAGGAUAUGUCGCAUUUGUGGCCAAGAGGCGUCGAUAUACCUAUUCUGCCCGAAGAACGGCCACUUGAUCCGCCAAAUUCUAUCCAUAACAGGGGUCGGGCUAAAUGAAAAGGAGGGACUCUCCAGCCAUAUGUGCGACAAGUGCGUUUUCGACUUGGACUGUGCCAUAAAGUUUCGGCAGCGCUGCAUCAUCUCGGAGAAGCGUAAUCAGGAAAAAGCAAAUUCCACUGGCACGUCCGUUGCCAGCAUAGAGGAGAAUUCCGACUCGGAAAUAGAGUCUUAUGGGCUAAACACCGAUGAAGAGAACGCUGAUGAUUAUGCUUUGGAAUAUGAAUCAGAAAUGUGCACGCAGAACAAUAACCCUGUGGAGCAAGCGAAAAAAAAGCGCAGCGGCAGAUAUGCUGCAGGGCCGUAUAUAUGCGAUGACUGUGGAAAGUCUAUAAACAGCUGGAGCAACUUUCAAGAGCACAAACUACGGCACUCUGGUAUCAAGAAUUUCGUGUGCCAGUUCAGUGAGUGCGGCAAACGUUUCGCCACUCGUAAGGAGUUGGUGCGACACAACCGCUGCCACACGGGAGAGAAGCCCUUCGUCUGCACCUACUGUUCUCGUCGAUUUUCAGAUGCGAGCUCGCGCGAAGAGCACCACAGACGCCACCGCAAUGACAAGCGUUUCGAGUGUAAAACGUGUGGCAAGGGUUUCGUGAGCUCUGGCUGCCUAAGGAAGCACAUCCUCACACACGCAUCAGCAGACGAGCGCAAGCAUGUCUGUGGCAUCUGCAACAAGCGCUUCUUACGAAUUGCACAGUUGCAAAAUCAUUUGGCUACCAGCACACACAUGGAGAAGGCACUGGAGGCAGCUCAGACAGUCGUACAGCCUUCAAUCACAAGCAUUUUUUAGAGACGAUUCGAUUUUUUAUUGAAUAUUUAUGUAUUUAUGC